AUGUCGUCGCUCCCGUCAACAGAGUUGCCAGACCCUGAGAUCAAUCGCAUUAUUUCAUACUGGUUUGGUGGCGAUGACCUCCCUCGGAAAUGGUUCCAGGGAGGUGCUAAAAUCGAUGCCGAAAUCAAAGACCAGUUCGGGGGUCUAGUUGAAAAGGCUCGCUCAGCGCAACUCACCUCCUGGACCCAGCAACCUCAAGGCACCCUGGCACUCAUAAUCCUUCUUGACCAAUUCCCGCGAAAUAUCUUUCGAGGCACUCCUCUCUCAUUCAGCACUGAUCCCAUGGCACUCGAUAUCACAACUCAGGCCAUCGCGAGGGGUGCCGACCGAGAAGUACCGCACAUCCAACAACCUUUCUUCUAUCUUCCACUUAUGCAUCAUGAAAACUUGAUCAGUCAGGCUGCAGGAUGCUCCUUAUAUGAAGGAUUGGCUGCUCGAUGUGAGGCCGGCUCACAGGAGAGUGAAUUCGCACGCAGCUCGCUAGAUUUUGCCAGGCGGCAUAGGGAUUGCAUUAUGAAGUUCGGUCGUUUUCCGUCCAGGAAUGAGAUUCUCGGGAGGGAGUCGACUCCAGAGGAACUCGAAUAUCUCAAGGAGCACCCUCAUGGCUUUUGA